AGCUUAAUUUCUCUUCUCCACUAACUCACUGAGGUGGCCGUAACCAACUACUCUGCUUCCUCUCUCCCUGUAUGUGUGACACAUACAACACGGCGGAAGAACCCGCAAACCCAAUCGACUCGGCACCUCUCGCUCUCCCCUUCCCCUUCCCCCGUGUGUAUGUGUACUCUUUCGCCUCUCUCCAUAUAUAGAUACGCAUCGCCAUCUGUUUCUCUGUCAUCGUUCAAAAAAACCCAUUGACGUCCGAGCAAGAAAGCGAGAAGACGAAGCUUCUCGAUCUUCUUGCUCUCUCUCUCUCUCUGAUCUCUCUGUUUCUCGUUCACUUUCCCUUAAAAUUCUUUCUGAGAAAAUCCAGAGAGAGAGAGAGAAUAGAUCAGAAGGUGUGCAGAGAGGUUUGGUUUGGCAUUGAGAUGAUGGCGAGUAUCUAUGUCCAGUUGCAUGGGCUGAGGCCGGCGCUGAUAAUGGUGGUGGUGCAGAUUGUGUUCGCGGGGGUGAAUAUUUUUUACAAGCUUGCUGCGAACGAUGGAAUGAACUUGAAGAUUCUGAUUGCGUAUCGAUUUUUAUUCGCUACUGUUUUCAUCAUUCCUGUUGCCCUUAUUUUCGAAAGGAAGAGCAGGCCAAAAUUGACAUGGCCAGUGGUGUUCCAAGCAUUUCUUUGUGGUUUUUUCGGAGGGACACUGGCACAAAACUUGUACCUUAAGAGCUUGAGUUUGACAUCUGCAACAUUUGCUUCAGCCAUGGGUAACCUUGUUCCAGCCAUUACCUUGAUCAUGAGCAUCUGCUUUGGAUUGGAAAGGUUGGGGUUGGGAACCCUAGCAGGGAAAGCAAAGGUGUUAGGAACAUUAAUUGGACUAAGCGGCGCGAUGUUACUCACAUUCUACAAAGGCGCAGAGGUUAAUAUCUGGACAUCGCAUCUUAACCUUCUGCAUGGCACUCCACAUCACGUCGCCCGCGUGGCAUCAUCAUCCCAAGGAGUCGCCGGCAAUCACCUCGCCGGCGCACUGCUGGCCGUCGGCAGUUGUCUGUCAUAUGCGCUCUGGUUAAUAAUUCAGGCUAAGAUGUCGGAGAGGUACCCCUGCCACUACUCUAGCACGGCCUUGAUGAAUGUGAUGGCGUCAGUCCAGUCUACAACUUUUGCCCUCUGCACGGGGAAGGACUGGACUCAGUGGAAACUGGGCUGGAAUGUUAGGCUCCUCACAGUAGCGUAUGUUGGAAUUGUGGGGUCGGGAUUAAUGGUGGCGCUCAUGGCAUGGUGCGUACACGUUAGGGGGCCACUAUUUGUGUCAGUGUUUAACCCAUUGAUGCUUUUGCUUGUCGCCGUCGCCGGGUCCUUGUUGUUGGACGAGCAGCUGCACUUGGGCAGUGUGCUUGGAGGAGUGUUGGUAGUGUGCGGCUUGUACACGGUUAUAUGGGGAAAGAGUAAAGAGAUCAAAGGAAUGACUCAACUGAUGCCAUCCAAGAGUUUGAAAAAUACAGAAUCGAUGGAGAUUGUUAUCACCUCUACAAUUGAAAAUAAUGAUAACAGUGGUACAAUAGAAGUUGAACAAUGCCAUAGCCCUAUGCCAUCGUGGGUGGCUUGCCCACAUAGCAUCAUGGCACUCCCCCAACAUCUUCCUGAGAUCACCAAUUCACUUCCAGUAACAGUUAAUGGUGUUAUUGAUGGAGAUUUAUCAGCUAAAGAGGAAGAAAAGAAGUGAACCAAAGAAAAUGAGAAAAAGAAGUAUGGCUACUUUUAGGGGGUUUUGCAAAAUGGAAUAGUUAUUUUAUAGCCAUAUCUUAAUUUAAAAAAAAAAAAAAAUAGUAUUUUAAUAAAAUGGGAAGAGUGUUUUAAUAAGGGAGUAGUCAUUUCUUAUUUUUUUAGUUAAUUGAAAUAUUAAAAGUGUAAAUUAUCUUAUUUAUAUAAAGUAGUGUUUUUGUUUUA